AUGGAGUGUUUGCACGGAAAAGCUGCUUCCAAUUCAACUACAGACAAGGGUUCCUUUUGGUUUUGUGGACAGAAGCCCAGCUGUGGAUUUCUAUGUACAGAAGAGGACGGUUAUCUGUUCCAGACAGCUCUGACAGCUUGGAGAGCCACAGGCUUAACGCAACCGAUAUGUGAGAGUCACCGAAAGCCCGCGAAGUUUCGUGUAGUUAAAGACAUGUUGAAAAAGUCUUAUGGACGACCGUAUUUUACGUGUGCAAGUCGGGAGAAUCCUUGCUCCUUAUGGAUGUGGGCAGACGAGAAAGAAAUCGAGAAACCGAAUUGCUAUCACAACGAACCGUGUGCCGUGAAGCGAGUCAAGAAACAAGGUCCCAAUACGGGUAAAAAGUUCUUCUGUUGCUGCAACGAAAACCGGUGUGAUUAUUUUGAAUGGGUUCCCGAGGAAUUGCCAAAACAACCUGACACCAUGGCACCUUUUGUACCAUUGUUUUACAGUCGUUAUUAUCCGGAUGCUCAGCAGAACUGA